AUGGAAAUGUGGCCUGUAUCUACUAACCCCAUAGUUGCACCACCAGAAAUAAAAGGCAUGUCUGGCAAGCCAGGUAAACUUAGAAAGAAGGAAGCUGGUGAGAGUAAAAAAUCUGAAAAGCUACCUAGAACUGGACUUGCCAUGACAUGUAGUAACUGUAAUGUUAGAGGCCACAACAAGAGAGGAUGUUCACAAAGGGUUGAGUCAUCAGCAAGGGAAGAACCAUCAAAUACAGACAAGGGAAAGGGCAAAACUUCAGGUUUAGGCAGACCAAAGAAAGCACAAACAAAAGGUGAGCAUUCUACAAAGAGGUCAAGAGAAAAUUCACCUGCAGCACCUAGUGCAUCUCCAGGACCUGCAAAGAGGUCAAGAGGACGACCACCUACAACACCUAGUGCAUUUGCAGAACUUAGUGCAUAUGCAACACCUAUGAAAGGUGCAAGAGGAAGACCACCUAUUGCACCUGCAACACCUAAUACAUUUGCAGCGCCUACAAAGAGUGCAAGAGGAAGACCACAUGCAGCAGCUAGUGCACCUCCUACAUGUCCAUCACCUGCUAAUUACCAUGAAUAA